AUUCUCUACUCCCAAUAAUCUCCCAGAAUUCCACGCUAUAGCUUCUCUCUCUCUCUCUCUCUCUCUCUCUCUCUCUCUCUCUCUCUCUCUCUCUCCUUCAAAGCCUAGUCAACCUCAUCUCAUCUUUUGUCCCAUAUUCAUCCAACACAAACAAUACCAUAUUCUCUCAUUCUCAUUCUUCCCAUUCUCUCUCUCUCUCUCAAUUUGCAUUUUGUUAUUUAUCAUGUGAGUGAGCUAGUAUAAGCUAAAAAAUCAGUUGAGUGAUCAAUCCCCAUCUCUCAAUGUCACAGACACACUCCUCAACAAAUUAAUUAACAAUAAUAAUGUUUUGGUUAUUACUUACUUACUUACCAUAUACUACUCUCAUAGUGAUAGAGCAUCAAUCAAUGAACCUAUAUAUGCCAUAUAUAAGCACCCUUUUCAUUUUCAACUAGCUAGCUAGGUCUAACCAUUUUAAUUCACAUCACUUCUUUUCCCUUUUUCUCUCAACUUCAACUCCAUUCUGUCAUUUCAAAUUACCAUAACCACACUCACAACCAAAAAGAUUUCUAUAUCUAACAAACCAUUCCCACUUUUCUUCUUCAAAAUUAUUUAUUUAUUAGUAUAUGUCUUUCAUUUCAUACUUUCAUUAUAAUUUUCAACACAAUAUAUAAUAUAGCUACUAAGUUGUUUGUGACUCAUUUAUAAGCCUUUUAUUUAUUUAUUUAGUAACAAAAACCCUAGCUAGAGCUAGCAUUCAUUCAUUUUCUCCAAUAUGUGGAUGGUUGGUUACAAUGAAGGUAGUGACUUCAACAUGUCUGAUUAUCCAUUCAAUGGAAGGAAACUCAGGCCCCUCAUCCCAAGACCAGUCACUUCUCCUAACAACAACACUUCAACUACAACUCCUUCCUUAAACCGCAUUCAUGGCGGCGCAAAUGAUUUCUUUUCACAGUAUCACAAUCUUCAGGCAAUAUCAGUGGGAGGAGAUCAGAGCAAGAGAUCAUCAGAGUUGAAUAAUAGUCAAGCAGCAGCAGCAGGAGGAGGAGGAGGAGGAGUUGUAGUGAGUUCAAGAUGGAAUCCAACACCAGAACAGUUAAGAGCACUUGAAGAGUUGUAUAGAAGAGGAACAAGAACACCAUCUGCUGAACAAAUCCAACAAAUCACAGCACAGCUUAGAAGGUUUGGAAAAAUUGAAGGCAAGAAUGUUUUCUAUUGGUUUCAGAAUCACAAAGCUAGAGAAAGGCAGAAAAGACGCCGUCAAAUGGAAUCAGCUGCUGCUGAUCAUCAGUUUGAUGCUACUCUUGAAAAGAAAGACUUAUUAGGCGCAAGUAGGACAGUGUUUGAAGUUGAACACACCAAAAACUGGCUACCCUCUUCAAAUUCCAGUACUAGUACUCUUCCUCUUGCAGAGGAAUCUGUUUCAAUUCAAAGGGUAGCAGGAAAAGCAGAUGAGUACACUAGAACAGAUGGAUGGGUCCAAUUCGAUGAGGCAGCAGAAUUACAACAAAGAAGAAACUUUAUGGAAAGGAAUGCCACGUGGCAUAUGAUGCAGUUAACUACUUGUCCUACCCUCAUUAACACUACACAGCUAAAUUCUUCUAAUUACACCACCACCCCUACUACUACUACUACUACUACUACUACCACUACAUCAUCAACAACAACAGCUAGCAUGGCCACCACUGCCACAGUAACAACUAGGCUUAUGGACCCAAAACUCAUGAUCAAGACCCAUCAUGAUCUCAGCUUAUUCAUUUCACCUCAAACACAAAAUGCUUUUAAUAUCCAUUUAAGCAACAAUACUCAUCAUCACCUGCAGGAUGAUCAUUCUUUGGAGUCUCAUCAUCAAACCCUUCAACUUUUCCCAAUAAGGAAUGGUGGAUUAUGCAGUGAUGAUAAUAACAAAGAGACAGAAAUAUCAGCUUCAGCAAUGAAUGCACCCAACCAGUUCAUUGAAUUUCUUCCGUUGAAGAACUGAUAUAUAAUAUAUUAGAAAAUAGUAUAACUUUGCUAUGCAUGUCAAAUGACACUCUUCUUCAUUAGGUGUUGGAUUUUGUUAGAAAAUAGCACUGUUUUUAUUGUUAUUGAUGUUAUGUUUCAAGAAAUUGGUGAUGUAAUAGGACACUGAAUUUGAAUGGGGUAUUUUCCUUAAAAUGCAUUUGGACUAUGUUGGUUGAAUCAAAUACUAUAUAUUAUAGACUAG